AUGUAUUUUAUUGUUUGGUUUUUAUUUAUUGGACGGAUUUCUGGAGAAAUUUUCAACCCGAUUAAAAUUGCAGAAUGUAUUAAUAAUUGUAACGAUAGUUUGUGUCAAAAUAAUUGCUAUGGAAAUUUUUAUCCUCAAGGACUUAAAAUUAUUUUUGCAAGCGCUGAUUUUAAUGCAACUUUACAUUGCAAGGACAUAAAUCUUCUGAGUAUUUCACACAAUCCCGGAUUAUUUUUUAUCGAGCAAAGUGCUGCUAAUGGAACUUGGAAUAAUGCACGCGUUAUCAAUGAAAAAAUUUCAUUAUUCGAUAAUUUACUUCCUGGGUCCAAUUAUCGGUACCGCGCACGUCGAAUCACUGAAGAUGGAAUUUCCGAACCAGAAAUAACUGAUUGGUUUACUACAACAGAGUUAAACACUGAACCUGAGCAAGUGAAAGAAAUUUCAGUAAAUGCUGGGAUAGUUGAAAAAAAUUCAACGCAUUUACAAGCAGAUAUUACUUUAACUCCUGGAGAAGGUAAUUAA